AUGCUGCCACCCGCGCCCUCCCGCCUCGGGCUGCUGCUACUGCUGCUGCUGUGCCCCGCGCACGUCGGCGGGCUCUGGUGGGCCGUGGGCAGUCCUUUGGUCAUGGAUCCCACCAGCAUCUGCAGAAAGGCUCGGCGGCUGGCCGGGCGACAGGCUGAGUUGUGUCAAACAGAACCGGAAGUGGUGGCCGAGCUCGCCCGGGGUGCCCGGCUCGGGGUCCGAGAGUGCCAGUUCCAGUUUCGUUUCCGUCGCUGGAACUGCUCCAGUCACAGCAAGGCCUUUGGGCGCGUCCUGCAGCAGGAUAUCCGCGAGACUGCUUUUGUGUUUGCCAUCACUGCGGCAGGUGCCAGCCAUGCCGUCACGCAAGCCUGCUCCAUGGGGGAGCUGCUGCAGUGUGGCUGCCAGGCCCCUCGAGGGCGGGUCCCCCGGCCCCCAGGCCUGCCUGACCUCUCCGGUCCCGCUGAAGGCAGCGCAGCCUGGGAGUGGGGUGGCUGUGGUGACGACGUGGACUUCGGGGAUGAGAAGUCGAGACUCUUUAUGGAUGCACAGCACAAGAGGGGACAUGGGGACAUCCGUGCGCUGGUGCAACUGCACAACAAUGAGGCUGGCAGGCUGGCUGUCCGGAGUCACACGCGCACGGAAUGCAAGUGCCACGGGCUGUCGGGCUCCUGCGCGCUGCGAACCUGCUGGCAGAAGCUCCCUCCGUUCCGCGAGGUGGGCGCCCGGCUUCUCGAGCGCUUCCACGGCGCCUCGCGCGUCAUGGGCACCAACGACGGCAAAGCGCUGCUGCCCGCCGUCCGCACGCUCAAGCCGCCUGGCCGCGCCGACCUGCUCUACGCCGCCGACUCGCCCGACUUCUGCGCCCCUAACCGGCGCACAGGUUCGCCGGGCACACGAGGCCGCGCCUGCAACAGCAGCGCCCCGGACCUCAGCGGCUGUGACUUGCUGUGCUGCGGCCGUGGACACCGCCAGGAGAGCGUGCAGCUGGAGGAGAACUGCCUGUGCCGCUUCCACUGGUGCUGCGUGGUGCAGUGCCACCGCUGCCGCGUGCGCAAGGAUCUCAGCCUCUGUCUCUGA